AUGGUCGAGGUCUUUGUGAAACAAAUGCAGGAUGAAUUUGAAAUGAUUAUGGUAAGAGGACUAUCCUAUUUUCUGAGAUUUCAAAUCAAACAAUUUAAUGAGGGAAUCUUUAUCUCACAAAGCAAAUAUGCCAAGAAUUUAGUUAAGAAAUUUGGUCUUCAAAGUGCCUGUGGUAAAAGAACUUCUGCUCCAACUCAUGUAAUAAUGUCAAAAGACUCCAAUGGAACUAAUGUUGAUGAAAGUCUCUAUAGAAGCAUCAUUGGGAGUUUGCUUUAUUUGAUUGCCAGUAGACCUGACAUUGCUUUUUCUGUUGGUGUAUGCGCUAGAUAUCAGUCUUGUCCUAAAAAUGGUCAUUUACUCAGUGUAAAGAGAAUUAUCAAAUACAUAAAUGGGACUAAUGAUUAUGGCUUAUUGUACACUAUUGAUACCAAUAACGCUCUAAUUGGCUAA